AUGUCUAACCCACAAGAUCAUCCUAUCACUCCUCCACCACCAUUUUCCUCAAAUUCAUCCUCAUCUACUCCACCUAGUGUAUCUCCAAAACCUAGGUUUCGAAGGCAGAAAAUGCUUGCUCGAAAAACUGUAGCAUCUGGGGAUCUGAGGAAGGUUUUAAAUGAAAGGUUGAAAGCUAGCCAAGUGAAAGAAAGCCCAGCUCUAAAGUCUCAUUCUAGCUUUGAGUCUGAAUACUUUCAAUCCGCGACUGAGAGAGAUAGAGAUGGGUCUUCUGACUCUGAAAAGACUCAAGAAUCUCCUUCUGAGGUAAGUUCUUCUGUAGUUGAAAACUUAGAAACUAGAUUUGUUCUGGUUGGACCCAUUAGGGAUGUUGAGUUGCCUGAAAUGAGUAGGAGUGGAGAUGAGAGUGGCAUGAAGUCAAGGGGAAGUGGUUCUGGGGAAGCAGCUGAGGGGCUGGUUGGGGCAAGUUAUGACCCAAAGAAACGCAAAGCUACUACACCAAAAGCCCCAAAUGUUCCCAAGCCAUCCAAGAAAAGAAAAGCCUCAUCCCCAACACCUACUGCCUCUUCAAUGCCUAGGGGUAGAGCCACAAGAAGAAGGGUAAAACAGAGUGAAACUGAUCUACAAAAGGCUUUAGAAGAAAGCAAGAAAAGGAAAAAGGAUAAGGGAAAGGAAAAGGUUGGAGAAUCCUCAGAGGCUGUUGAGGAAGAAGAGAUGGAAUUGGUCCAUCAAGAAAGGGGUACAAUAGUGGAGGUUUGUACACCCAAGCCUAAGAAACCCAAGACUUCCUCCAAGAAGUCCUCCUCUGUGCCUGUAGCUGCUGAACCCACACUAGCCAAGAGGACAAGAUCUGCAGUGAAAGCUAAACAAACCAAAGUUUCUGAUGAUGAUGAUUAG